GUUACUUGGGCCACUCUCUGCAUUAGGUUUUUCAUUUCCAGCGGCGGACGAAAGAGCAAACCCCCAACCAUGGCGACACAAACUGCUAAAGCAUCCGUGCAAUGCUUCGGGAGGAAGAAGACGGCGGUGGCUGUCACCCACUGCAAGCGUGGAUGCGGUCUCAUCAAGCUCAACGGUGCCCCGAUCGAGCUCUUCCAGCCUGAUAUCCUCCGAUACAAGAUCUACGAGCCGGUCCUCCUCCUCGGGAAGCACCGUUUCGCUGGCGUAGACAUGAGGAUCCGCGUCAAGGGCGGUGGUCACACUUCCCAGGUCUACGCCAUCCGUCAGAGUAUCGCCAAGGCGCUCGUGGCGUUCUACCAGAAGUACGUGGACGAGCAGUCGAAGAAGGAGGUGAAGGAUAUCCUGGUUAGGUACGAUAGGACUCUGCUCGUGGCGGAUCCGAGGAGGUGCGAGCCGAAGAAGUUUGGUGGUCGUGGUGCUCGUUCUCGUUUCCAGAAGAGUUACCGUUAAAUGCUGGUUUGUGUUGUUUUUGUUUCGGAUCGUUGCAAGGUUUCAUUUUCAGGAUUCAUGUUUUGUUUGGAUAUCUAAGAACUUAUGUUUUGCUAUCUUUACGUGUUUGGUGGUAUCGGAAAGUUUUAAUAUUUAUGAACUUUUAUUUCUUGUC